CAGGAAGUAUGUAACGAAUGACGUGAGGUUGGAGGAAACAGAUCUGGCAAGCUAAGAUGGCGGAGGAGCAGCAAGAAUCAUCACAGGGGGAGAUGGAAGGAGUCAAUUGCCUUGCAUAUGACGAAGCUAUAAUAGCUCAACAGGACAGAAUUCAGCAGGAAAUAGCCAACAGUAACCCUUUAGUGUCUGAGCGGCAGGAGCUGUCGGUGCUGAUGAGGGAGUACUCCGAAGAUAAGGUCUAUCAGCUCAAGAUCAAGGACCUCUAUAAAAAAUACAUGCACAUUCGGAAAACACGGCCAGAUGGGAACUGUUUCUACAGAGCCUUUGGGUUCGCACAUCUCGAGUCGCUGCUGGAAGACAGUAAAGAGCUACAGAAAUUUAAAGCAGUAGCAGCUAAAAGUAAACAAGAUCUGGUUGAUGGGGGCUUCACAGAAUUCACUAUUGAAGACUUCCACAACACUUUCAUGGACCUGAUCGAGGUGUGUGAGAAGCAGCAGAGCCUUCAAGAUCUGUGGAACUCCUUUAAUGACCAGAACGUGUCAGAUUAUGUGGUGGUGUACCUGCGGCUGCUCACCUCUGGGUACCUCCAGAGGAAACAUGGCUUCUUCCAGCACUUCAUAGAAGGAGUCCGCUCCGUUAAAGAGUUCUGUCAGCAGGAGGUGGAACCCAUGUCCAGAGAGAGCGACCACAUUCACAUCAUCGCCUUAGCCGAGGCCUUGGACGUGGCCAUCCUGGUGGAGUACAUGGACAGAGGAGAGGGAGGGACUGUCAAUCACCACAUCUUCCCUGAAGGAGGAGACCCGCGCAUCUUCCUCCUCUACCGGCCCGGCCAUUACGACAUCCUCUACAAAUAACAUACACCCCCGCCUCCCAUAGCCUUUCUCCAAAAUGACUCAACUUGAUCAGCUGCGAUUGGAAAAAAAAAUAAGCAUAUGUCAAUUUAGUUACUCAAAUAAAAAAGUGAAAUUGAUAAAAAAGAUUACAUUUCAUGGCUCCUCUACACCUCCCGCCCCUCACAUCAAAAAAGAAAUUCUUAAAAAUAGUGACUCCAAGCAUUUCGAGUUGUACAGUUUUUUUUUUUCUUUUGUGGUUGUAAAUGUAUCUACUUGCUUAUGUUGGAUUCUAUUCCUUUGUUACACUGCGAUUCAUUGAGUUUUAUUAAAGGGAUUUACAUCUUAA